AUGGUGGUCGCAUUCCCACAGAAAGCAAAGGCAGGUUUGUCUGCACUGGUUGCGUGCUGCUUUCAGCCUUCGCACACGGACGAAGCUCCGUAUAUGGUCCAGAAUCAGUCUACCCGACAUUCUGAUAUCGAUUCAUCCAAUUCUAUUCUUCCGUACUACCAAAACCCACCACGGUGGAUCAAGGACGACUUUAUAGAAGCCUGUGUUGACUGUAACGUUCAAUUUGAUCUGAUGAAACGCAAACAUCAUUGUAGAUGUUGUGGUCUGGUCUUUUGUGGCCAUUGCGCUGCUAGCUUUGACCGUAUUGUCAAGUUUGGUUUUGUCGAGCCCGUACGACUGUGUAACAAUUGUGCUACGACGGUCAAGACUGAGAAUAACUAUUAUGACAAAGUUCUGCCACUGCUGGAAAGUGGAGAUCUCUUUCGCAAGUAUGGUUUGAUACGGAAGAAAUAUGUAUAUCUCACAUUUAUACGAGCUAAACACAUUUUUCAGUACCAGAAAUUUAAUCUCGAGAGAAGGACGUAUGAAGGUGAUAUCAAGGCUAUUCCACUCGAUGGAAUCACAGACGUUCGUGAGGUGGAAAUGGGACAGGACAAUGCUGAUGUGGGGAUAAUUGUUGCAGUAGGUUCGGAAGAACACAGAUUUGAUGCCACGACGACACUCAAGAGACAGCAAUGGAUCGAAGCAAUUGUCGGAGCACGACAAAUGCGUGACAUGAUGCUAGCAAACGAUCGUGAGAAGCGCCUGAAACAGCGUCGUGCUACAUUUCAAGAAGACCGUAUGCGUCGCCGUGCUGCAAAGCGCGAGCAGUUACGUGCCAAGUAUCAUCUUGCAACAGCAGCAUCGUGA